AUGGGCAAACUCAUACGCCUCGAGCUGUUCAACUUCAAAUCCUACAAAGGGCAUCAUGUCCUCCUAUUCGGGGACUCCUAUUUCACCUCCAUCAUCGGUCCCAAUGGAUCUGGAAAGUCCAACUCCAUGGACGCCAUUUCCUUCGUCCUAGGAAUCAAGUCUUCACACCUCCGCUCAACCCAUCUCAAGGACCUGGUCUAUCGCGGCCGCGUCCUCAAGACGUCCAAAAUAAACGACGACGGGUCUGCGGACACUCCGAGCGCCAAUGGAGACGCAGAUGGGAAAUCAAACGGCGACAAGCCAUCACGCCACGACCCAAAGACUGCCUGGGUUAUGGCUGUGUACGAGGACGAUGCCGGCGAUGAGCAGAAGUGGAAGCGAUCAAUCACAAGCCAAGGUUCCAGCGAAUAUCGGAUCAACGAUCGUGUUGUGAACGCACAGCAAUACAACACAGCCCUCGAGGUCGAGAAUAUUCUGAUCAAGGCGCGGAACUUUCUGGUUUUCCAAGGCGAUGUCGAGGCCAUCGCAGCUCAGUCUCCUCAGGACCUCACGCGUCUUAUCGAGCAGAUUUCGGGAAGCUUGGAGUUCAAGGCCGACUAUGAACGUCUUGAAGCGGCGGCAGAGAAAGCCGCCGAGGACCAGAGCUUUCAGCUUCACCGACGCCGGGGCAUCAACUCAGAGAUCAAGCAAUACCAAGAGCAAAAGAAGGAGGUCGAAAUUUUUCAGCAGAAGACUGAAGAACGAGACCGCGCCAUCGUUGAUCGCAUGCUGUGGGAGCUUUUUCAUCUUCAGAGCAGCAUGGAUGAGUCCAACGACAAGAUCAAGGAUCACGAGGAGAACCUCCAAGAGUUCAGGCGCAACGUAGCAUCUUUCGAGAAGAAGUUGGAAGCCGCACAUAAAGAGCUUGCGGCGGCGACACGAGAUGUCAGCAAGCAUGACAAGCACAUCAGAUCCAAAGAGCGAAAGAUCGAAGAACUUGAGAACAGCCUUGUUCCCAUCAAUCAAAAAGUGGAACAGAGCACUCGUGAAGCAAGCGCUCUUCGCCAACGUCUCGAUACAACACGAAGAGAACGUGACGAUCAGGUCAAAGUUUUGGAAGAUGAUAGAAAGAAGCUCAAGACUGUCGAAAAGGCUCAAGAGCUCAAGGAGAGAGAUUUUCAGGAACGGUCUAGAAAGCAGGGCACGGAGCUCAGCGACGAAGAUCGCAAAGAGUACAACGCUCUGCGCAGUCAGGUUUUUGCCAAGACGUCAGCCAACCAAAACAAGAUCGACAACCUUGUCCGUCAACAAAAGACAGAUGAAGUUAUGGUCAAUAGUCUCAAGAGCAAAGUCGACGGCUUCAAUGCCAACGUCGAAAAACUAGAUGGCGAACUCGAGACGAUCCAAGAACGCACCAAGUUUACGAAGGACACCAUCAGCACCCUUUCUGAGCAAAUUGAUGCGAAGAAGAAGGAGUUCAGACAGCUAGACUCCACUCGGGUGCGGACAAAUAACAAACGAACUGAGCUUGAGGAGCAUUUGCAGAAGGUGGCCAGGCAAUUAAAUGAAGCAGACGAUGGCCGUCGCCAAAACGAUCGCGAGACGCGCAUGAAAGAGACGGUCAGCACGCUCAAACGCAUUUACCCUGGUGUCAAGGGUCGCAUUGGAGAUCUUUGCAAGCCUAAGCAGAAGAAGUUUGACGAGGCUGUCAUCAUUGCUCUCGGCAAAGACUUUGAGUCCGUUGUCGUGGAUACCGAGAAGACGGGCAUGCAGUGUGUCCAGCAUCUGAAGGACAACCAAAUUCCACCAAUGACGUUUAUUCCGCUUGACAACAUCAAGGUCAACGCUGUGAACACGGCUGUCAAAGGUGUCAGCGGGGCGCGGCUUACGAUCGACACGAUCGACUUCGACUCUGCUUACGAACGUGCCAUGGCAUAUGCUUGUGGCAGCUCGGUGGUGUGUGACGACCUUCGCGUGGCUUCACAUAUCUGCUACGAGAAAAAAAUCCCUGUCAAGGCUGUGGCGCUGGACGGUACCGUCAUCCACAAAGGAGGUCUCAUGACUGGUGGACGGGGCCCCGAGCACAAGGGCGGUAAACGGCGCUUCGAGGAACACGACGUCGACGCUCUGAGGAGAACAGCCGCCAAGUACACCGAAGAAAUACAAAACCUGCCGGCAACUGAUAGGCGUGCGGAGGAUACACUACGUACUGAUCUACAAGUGCUAGAGCCUCAACUGGCGGCUGCCAAAUAUGAAUUGGCUCAGUUUGAGAAAAACCAUGCCAGCAGGUCACGGGAAAGAGAUCACCAAGCCCAGCAGCUUCAUGACUGGGAGCCUCAGUACGCUGCGAAGAACGCCGAGCUACGAUCAACAACCGAGACCUUGGAGAAUUUCCGAGCAGCCAUCUCACAGGUGGAGGACCGAGUCUUCGGUGACUUCUGCAAAAGGUUGGGUCUGAGCAAUAUCCGAGCGUACGAUGCAGAGCACCAGGGUUUGCAACGUCAACUCGAAGAAGAACGAAACAGGUUUGAAGUCCAAAAAGAGAGGCUGAAGAGCACCCUUGCCUGGAACGAGUCAAGGCUCAAAGACUUUGAAGGUCGUGUGGCAUCCAUGGAGAGGAAGCUGAGGCAAUUCGAGAAAGAUCUGCAAACGUAUGAACAACAGAAAUCGGAGAUCGAAGACAAGAUGGGCGAGGUCUCGGACGAGUUGGAUGCGUUGCGCGAGAAUCUGCAGGUCGCCCGCGCAGAGCAGCAAGAGCGGAGCCAGAAGGUCGCCGAGGCAAAGGCAGAGGUCAAGAGUCGCAGCAAAGAGAUCGAAGCUAGACAGAAGGACAUUAAUGCCCUUGAAACAAGUGUGCAGAAAGACGGUGCCGCCAAAUUUGCGCUGUUGAGAAGGUGCAAGAUGGACGGAGUCGACAUCCCGCUGGUCGAUGGGUCAUUGGACAACCUGCCUAGGGAGGACAACUUAUUGCGUCAGGACCCUGAUGCCAUGGACCUCGACGACGAGGACGACGGCAUGUUGGAUGCUGCCCUCGAUGAUCAUGGCAUCAGGAUUGAUUUUGAUGGGCUCAGCGACGAGUUGAAGAAUUCCAAUGACGAGAGCAUGAGCGAAACCCUCAAGGAGAGAAUACACACUCUUGCGGCGGAGUUGGAAAAGAUCAACCCUAACAUGAAGGCAAUGGAGAGGUUGGAAGGUGUUGAGACCAGGUUGAAGAACACCGAACGCGAGUUCGAAGACUCACGAGUGGCGCUCAAAGAAGCUCGCGAUGCCUUCAAUGUGAUCAAGACGAAAAGGUAUGAGGUCUUCAACAAGGCCUUUACACACAUCUCGGAACAGAUCAAGACCGUCUAUAAGGAUCUGACACGCUCUGACGCGUACCCUCUCGGUGGCCAAGCAUAUCUGGACAAGGAAGAAGACAACGACACUCCCUACCUGGCAGGUAUCAAAUACCAUGCCAUGCCUCCCCUCAAGCGAUUCCGAGACAUGGAUCUCCUUUCGGGUGGCGAGAAGACUAUGGCAGCGCUGGCAUUACUAUUUGCCAUCCAUAGCUACCAGCCGAGCCCUUUCUUCGUCCUCGAUGAGGUUGAUGCCGCGCUCGACAACGCCAACGUUGACAAGAUCAAGAAGUACAUUCGGGAGCAUGCCGGACCCGGUAUGCAGUUUGUCGUCAUCAGUCUCAAGGCAGGACUUUUCCAGGACAGCGAGAGCCUUGUAGGCGUCUACCGUGAUCAGGAAAUCAACAGCUCGAGGACGUUGACGCUCGACGGUUUCAUGGCGUGGGUGAACUUCUUCUGCCUGCUGCAAUCUGGUGCACAGGUGUCCGGUGAUCCGGCUGCUUAA